AUGUAGCCCUCUCUCCAUCGCCACCGUCUCUCCGGCAUCUCCCAGCCAUCGACUCCACCUUCCCCUGCUAUAUUCCAUCUUCUUCCAUUUCUAUCCCUCUGCUUUAUCACAUACUCCUAUUGAACUUUGAUUUCAAGGUUUGGAGCUCUUAACACCCAAAUUCAUUUUCGAUUAACCGUCUAAUCGAUUGAGUAAUCCGUUUGUUUGGGCAAAUUUUCACGCUCCUCACCACAACUAUUAUCCGCCUAUUAUUUCCAGAAAUUGAAUUUUCUGAUCGUCCUUGGUAUUGAGGUCGGGCAGUCUUUGGUGAUUGAGGAUCCAGAUGGUGAUUUUGUUGUCACUGCAUUUGAUGCCAAUUAUUGACCGGGUUAUUAACUGUAUAUGGAACCCCCACCCCCCCCUGAUGCCAAUGUGGUGUAUUUGGCAUGAGGUCAAGAAGAAAUACUUGUCAAGGUGUCGCAAACAUUUGGUGAGAAGAUAUAUGUGGAUAAAGCCAAAAUCUUUGCUUAAACUUAUAGCCCCUGAGAUCAUAUCAGAAGAUCCAUCUUCACGGUUCCUACUAUUUGAUGGCUUCCCCAAACUAUUUGAAAGAGCUGGAGCGAAGAUUGCUGAGGCUUGUGCCAAUUUUCAGCACGGACAUCUUAUUAUAUGUACUUCUUCACAUGGUAUGCUUGUAAUGAGGAUUUUUCGAAGAUGUAAAAGAAAAGAAGAAUUGGAUUGGGCCUUGCGACUGAAUACACUCAUCCAGAGAAGAAUUUGGUACAUCUGUUACUGAAUACACUCAUCCAGAGAAGAAUUGGAUUGGGCCUUGCGACUUCUUGAACCUAAAUGGGUAGUGGCAUCAACGUCUAGUAGCAGGGCUAUGGAGCUGGAUUAUGUUAAGAAGCACUGCUUUAAAAUCGACAAGCAUUUGAUGACUCUCUGACCUCUGUGCAUAUUUCUUGAUAUUAAAACUGUAGAGUCAUUAGUUCAAGAUGGAUCAAAUAAAAUUUAGGCUGCCCGCAUGUGCAGGACGAAAUUUCCAGUUGCUAUGCAGAAGCACAAUCUUGAUCUUUUGUCAUCCACCUUCCAGCAGAAACGGUUGAAUUGAUCUCUCCAAGCAAAAGGCUAAUGGUCACAUUAUUUAGACAAGCGACGCUUGGUCUCCCCUAUUCAGCAUUCCUACAUGAAUGUAAAGAUGCAGCAGCCAUUUGUAAAAUCCAAAGAUCAAUUGGUAACAAUUAAACAAGUUAGUUUUCUGGAACAAAUUGCAAGGGGCCCUACCAGUACUUAUGAUAAGGAGGUUUCCACCAUUAUUUCAAUGGUGAAAGAAUGGAUGGAGUGAAGCUGGUAGCCUGGUACUGAACUAAAGAAUGUUCACUAAGUCAAGUAUCUAAAGGAACAGCUAUGGUACUUGCGGAGCAAUUGAAACAUUUUUUUUAUCAAAUAAGUUCCUUUCAAGAACAUGUCUGCAACCUCCAAGUGGUUGAAAGGAUGCACAGGGCUGCAGAUAUUGUUUGCUAAUGGGAACACCUGAUUUCUCUUAAAAGAUGGUGGCAGUUCUCAUUGUACUUUAAAUGGCUUGCAACCAAAAUUUCUUCAUGCUCGUGUCUAUAGAUCCAUGAGAAGGCUGUAAGGUACUGGAAAGAAAAUAAAAAGAAGUUUCAAGGUUUAAAGUCUAGUUUAUGACCGUAGCUUGUAACAAAAUUCUUCAUAUAGUUAUUUAUUUAUGGAGCUUGUUGCUAGCGUAUUCUCAGAAAACUCAACAGUAGAAUGUUUAGGCACUUCUCACAAUUUAAACUAUUUUAAGGCAAUGAAUGAUGUAAUAUAUCACAUUGUUUCAGGAUAUCUCUUAGAAGUUGGUCGCAUUUUUCAUUUUACUUUAAAUUUCUUGCAAUAAUGGAUGACCAAAUUUUCUUCAUGCUCCUGUCUAUCAUUCCGUGAGAAGGCUGUGAUAAAUGUUACUACCUCUUUUAAAAAAUAGGCAGUUCGCAUUUACUUGCCAGAUUGUGCAGUAUUAACUCUCCUGGGUUGUUUAAUAUAUUGUUGCGAAACGGACAAGCAAUCCAAGCCUGCAAUAUAAAGUGUUCAUCUGACCAACUUUUUAUCUCUGAUAUUUGCUUUAUUUUGUUGGUGCAGCAAUAAAUAACAUUUUGAAACUGAUAUGCACCAACAAGGAGGUUUGCUUGCACAGUGUUUUUAAAAUCUCACAGCUUAUGUUCCUUUUAUUUCAUUGUGUUCAGUUAUCCCGUGAGAUAAUAGAAUCGAGGGUGCUUCAAUAUGUUUAUGGUUCACAUAGAUUUAUUCCUAGUGAUUUUUGAAAUAAAUAAAGCUAUACAGCGUUAAAGUAGCAUUAAAGUUUGCAACCAAUGCAUUUCUUUGCAUUAUAUAUCGGAGAUGAUUCCUUUGGCGCGUCUAGAGAUAACAUUAGUGAGCGCUUUAAGUACAGAAAGUCAGAAACUCAUUAAUUGUCUUGACGCACAGAGUUGAGUCAUUUACGAUGAUAGAAUACUCGAGCGUCCGUUACAAGCGUUGACAAUGAGACCUGAUUCAAUGAAUAGUAGGUGUGUUAUUUAUGUAAUUCGUCCAAAGUGACAAAAUCAGUUUCAGAACUUUACUUCUCUCCAGCUAUGAAUCGAUGCAUUUCUCUUACCUUUUUCCCCUAUAAAUUAUGAUUUGAACUUCACUUCAGACGCCACAGACAUAACUAAUCACCUUGUAAGAGGCUCUAUAUUUCUGCAAUGGCAACCUUGAGAACCAGUCGCGGAGCAAGCUUGAGCAGAAAGACUUGCAGAAGAUGGCACUGGACACAGGAGGAAGACGACCUCUUAACUUCCCUUGUCCAGAUGCAUGGUCCGGGGAAGUGGGAUCAAAUUGCAACUCAUAUCCCAGGGAGAUCAGGUAAGAGCUGUAGGAUAAGGUGGCUCAACCAAUUACACCCAGGGGUUGAUAAGAAACCGUUCAGCGUAGAAGAGAAGCAAAGGCUGCUUGUGCUUCACAGAAAAUUAGGAAACAAGUGGGCUGUCAUCGUCCAUUACUUCCCUGGUCGAACAGAUAACCAAGUGAAGAACCAGUACCAUAUACUGGCAGGGACUCGGAAAUCUGCUCCUUUCCCUCCCAGAAAUGAUCCCCAUGUCCCUCUGGACAAUGAAUCUAGAGGUUUGUUUCAAAACCCGAGCAUUUCAAUGGUUGAUUCUCAUUUUUCUGGUGUUACCAGCCUAGGAACAAACUAUCAUGGAUCGGCUCCCAUGGUGGGUGUGAUGCCUGGCUUGAUUAGCAGCUCCUCGUCUGUGUAUGGCAUGGGUGGAUAUCUUACCCAGGUUGGGACGGUCAUCCCGAGCAGCUUUGGUCCUCGCCCAAGCUAUGACAAUUCCAUGACCUCUGAUGCAAAUUCUGCUAGUGUUGGAGGUUAUGAAUUCAUGGACUUUUUCAGGGUUGGACUUGGUAGUUCAGAUUAAAGAGUGGUUGCUUUUGUUGUUAUGUUGUUAUGCUUUUCUCACCUUGCUCUCUUAAUUCAUCUAUUCUGGAGCUUAUUUGUUUUCGUAUGUUGAGUUUGGAGACUCUAUUGUUUGGUGAUUUUGAUAGAGUGGAGACAAGGAUUUUUCAUGGUA